AUGAGCUGCUGCACGCUCAGGAGCAAUGAAAUUAGGCAAUUGAUUGUCUUCAUUUUUGUUGCAUCCAUACAUUGUCACGUGUUAACAGUGGAAGGCAAAGGCGUAUAUGUGAAGGUGGUGGCACCAUGGACCGAAACUCCGUUACUUCAGGAGGGAUGUGAGGCGGUAGCUUCACUUACCGUGCCGGUAGGGACUCAAACACAUGAUGAUGCGCCCUCCGGGUUUUACAAAUGCUUGGAAGAUGUUUGGCUCCGAGCAGAAGCAACGAAUAGGAGUGGUGGCGCCCGUACCAUGACUCAGAAGGAACAGUACGACGUGCUGAUGGAUAUAAUGCAGAGCAACAAACACCCGCCACACCACGUGGCCUUCUUAACAACCAAACUAGCUGUCAGGAUGCAUUCCCCCACGGUGGAGGCGCAUCGGCAGCUGGCGGGGAGGGCAAUAAAUCGCACGGGUGGAUGUGCUGCUGAGGGAAGGCCUUUUGCGCUGAUUGGAAACAAGGCGUUUUGCGACGAGCAUAAACUUGCGAAGGAGCUCGAAUUGAAGGGACCUAGUGGCAGCGAUGCCACUGGAUGUAAUGCUGACCGCGAGACUGAACUAAACGCGGAUAACGCAAUGGGUGUGAUUGCCAAUCUGGAUCACGUUCAUCCACAUUUAAACGGUCCCAACCUUGUCAUCAUGUAUGGUAUCGUUGGGGAAGGGCAAACCAUGCGACUCCUUCAGGCUGUGAAACGUCACAAGCAAACAACCAAGUUGGUGUUUCGGCACUUGCCCGUCUCAGGAAAUCAGUGGAACGACAUGCUGGCAGUUCAGGGGUACGGUGUCUCCGUUGACAUAAAGAGCACUGAGUACAGAGCGGUGGAUGAUCGAAUAGCUGGGGAAUCUACCGCGAACUUGCAGCACAAACUGGGACGAAGGGAUGUUUUAGGUGCCAUGGGGAGUGGAGAAGAACAUCUUCUAGGUGGAUUUAACAUAUCUUUGUUACAGAAGCGAUAUCCCGACCAAAGUUUGCAACUGAGUCACUUUGAGGAUGCUGUAGGUAAGAAUAUCGAGCAAGGAGUUAAGGUAGACCUUCAUUCGUGGGAAAAGGCUCAUAUCGGUAUUGCUGCUGCGCAAUAUGUUAUGGAUCCGAGCAGAGAACCGCUCCAUGCGCUCUUGGACGUAUUGACGAAUUUUCCUAAUUAUGCGUCGCUUCUUUCUCGGAUGAGUUUUGUUGCAGCUGCCAGAAAGGACCCAAAAUUUGUUCGAGAAUUGGAUGCCAUUGGAAGGAGCAUGUAUCACAGCUCCUCGCAUGUUUUCCUUAACGGAUGCGCGGUGACCACCGAAAACAUUAACCUCUUUUACAUGAUGGAAAAAAUAGAAGAGUAUGAGAGGUUACUUGAUACCCUCAGCACGAUCUUGGUUAGUCGUUCCGAACUUCAUUCUUCCAACGACGCCACUCGGAACGGUAAUACAGACGUGACGGAUGUAGUAAAUGGGUUGGCCCGCAUCCAAUUUCAAGGGGAAUCGCUGAGUGGUGGUAGUGGAGAUACUACCGCCCGUGUGUGGCUACCACAAGACGCCGUAACUUGGUUCAACGACGUAGAAAAUAAUGCCUACUUGUACCGUCUUCCCACGACGCUCCGUUCGAUGCUAAGGAAUGGUGCGGCAGCUCCGACGCUGCCAAGGCGGAAUGUUCUCCAUGUUGUAUGUAUUGCGGACCCUACUACGUAUGAAGGAAUGGGUACCAUCUUUGAGGUGGCGCGGAGAGCUCAGCAGCCCAUACGCUUUGGCGUUGUAUUCGUUGACAAACAUUGGAGUCCGGAGGUGACCUUGGUGGGUAAGAAAUUCGACAAGGUUGCCGUCUCAGAUUCAUCGAAAGCUACACUACUGGUCGCGGCCACGGUUUGGGAGCUAAUGCAAGGAGAGGCGGACCCUGCUGCGGUUUCCGAUUUUCUUAUGGCCAUGACCAGGGAGAUGAUGGCAAAGCAAACCAUCACAGAACUGAGCGUAAAGAUGAUCACGCAGUCCGUCCUGAUGCAAGCAAGGAAGCGUGCAGUCGACGACGUGGUGCUUGACCCUGCGUUCAUUACUCACUAUGAGAAAACGCAAAAGAUGGUGCGUACGUUGGGGUUUAGUAAGUUUCCAGUAGUGCUUCUCAAUGGCCGAGUCCAUACCGAUAUUUCGAUCGUUCUUCAACACGGUAUUUGGGAGGAGUUUGCACAUUUACAGAAACUGGUGGAGAUGGGCGCCUUAAGCGACGACGAUGAUAACCUCUAUGAAUCCGUUCUGGAGUUGAGCGGUGCGAGGACUCGCUAUGUUGCGGCUCUUUUUGAGAACAAAACGUUUGCCGACUGGAGCCACAACUCGGUGUUGAGCUUCCUCCACAAGUACCCGUUUAUAUACCCGUCAACAAGUGGCAUGAACGAAGUAUCAUUGGUCAGUGGUGUGUUAACCCUACACGUGCCCGUAACUGCACAAAGUUUACAGGCAACCCUCAAUGCCGUACGGUCCCUUCUUCUUUGCAAAGGUGCUGACGAGACGUGUGGCCGAACACGACUGACGUUUGCUGUGUGCGGUACUUCACUGAAAACAAACUCCCGCACCGUUGUCGACGAUUUGCACCUGCUGUUGCAGCACUGUGGGGUGGCGGACAAGUCGGAGUGUUUAAACUUGUUGCAAGAGUUUCUUCUCUCAACCUUUGAGCACAGCCACCCAGGAUGGCAACUGGACGAUCCGAAAAAGUACGAGCACGUGUUGAAAGGUGUUAAGUUCUCCGACCAACUACAAGCACUUUUCAGAGCAUCUGCUGAAGGCAGCACCAGGGACCAAGCAGGGAAGCUUAAUCAGUUGUUUUUACUCGCAUCUGAGUUCUGCAGGGAGAUGACUGGUAGUGUUUCGGCGGUGCACGAAAUAGCCCCGGGGAGUGUUCAUUAUUACGUAAACGGUCGCCUUUUUGUGUAUGACAACUUUACUGAAGAGGACUUCGAAGUAGCAACCCUGGAAGGUGGCCAUACCCCAAAGAAAGUAUGGAAUGUGCUUGAGGAAGCCACUUUUGUCGGUAUGGACCCUGGUCUGGAAAUACCCGGUAGUGACCAAAAUUUUUAUGCCUCCAGAAUUGCCGCUGUUGUAGCGGCGUUGAGACGUGAUGCGGCCAACAAUGACCGUCGUGAGGAGCAAAAAACUCGGCUUCCCGUGAGCCCAGGCCCACUCUCAUUUGUUGUGGGCGCGACCGAAAAGAGGGUGCCAAGGCAUCGGCUUACGGUUGUGGUAGACCCCGUGGCCCGCGCGUCGCAGCAGCUUGUCUCCUUAUGCAACUAUAUCUCUCAGUUGUCCAUUGGAGCCGUCUGCACAGUGUAUUUGAACCCUUCGUUAACGGUUGGGAACACGAUACGUAAUUACUACAAGUUUGUUGGCGAACUACAACUGCGUUUCGAUGCUGAGGGACGUGUGGUAGCUCCUAAGGCCGUGUUCAGUCAUCUGCCGGAUAAACAUCUGUUGACGCUAGGCAUAGAAGAGGCAGAGUAUUGGACAGUUUUCCCCAUGGAGGCAGAAUAUGAUCUCGAUAAUAUUAUUCUGUCGAGGCUCCCACCUUCAUCGAAGUAUCUCUAUGCAACGUACCGUAUUAACUCCAUCCUCAUUUCCGGGAGUGCCGAAGACGACAGCACAGGAGGUCCCUCCAGCGGACUUCCGUUGCAAAUUCGCUCAUCACUGUAUAACCAUACAAGCGGCAGUUAUACCAAUACGACGCGCGACACGAUCGUCAUGACGAUCAAAGGCUACUUCCAACUUCAGAGCACACCAGGUCUCUGGUACUUGGGCGUGCAACCGGGGGCCAUCGCGCGAGCGUUUUAUAUUUCUCAUCACAACGACGACCCAGUGCUUGACGUAGCAGUCGGUUCUGUAGGGCGUCACUUCAACUACACCGCUGGACAAAGCAUUCCUGUUGUUGUUUCUUCCUUUACGGGAUCCUUCAUUCGACUCGGUAUAUCGAGGACGGCAGGUUUUGAGGAAGCCAGCAUCGAAAGCAUCGCCGCCGCGGCUGUCGAGGCGAGUAAUGCCGAGUGGCCACCAAAGGGGCCGCGGAGUGAGCGUCCCAAAUUUCCAACGCUUAAUAUUUUUACAGUUGCCUCUGGACAUUUGUAUGAGAGGUUCCUCCGCAUCAUGAUGCACACCGUAAUGCGCACCUCCUCAGAUGUACACGGAGCUAACACAACGCGGAUUAAGUUCUGGCUCAUAGAGAACUUCUUAUCACCGCAGUUCAAGGAGCUCGUGCCCCUGUUGGCAGAGCACUACGGUUUCGAUGUAGGAUUCGUUACUUACCGCUGGCCGUGGUGGCUAAACAAGCAAACGGAGAAGCAACGCACCAUUUGGGCCUACAAGAUUCUCUUCCUUGACGUUCUUUUCCCACUUAACGUAGACCGCGUCAUAUUUGUUGAUGCGGAUCAGAUCGUGCAAGCGGACUUGCAUGAACUGUACAAUAUGAAUAUUGGCGCUGCCGCAAUGGCCUACACGCCCUUCUGCAGAGAGUACCCUAACGAUGCCACAACAAACUUUCGGUUCUGGGACCAAGGGUUUUGGUUGAGUCACUUACGAGGAAAACCAUAUCAUAUCAGUGCACUUUAUUUAGUCAACGUGCAGCGACUGCGGGCUGCGCUAGGCGGCGACAAGUACCGCGCAACGUACGCCAGGCUUAGCGAAGAUCCCGGAAGCCUCGCCAAUCUGGAUCAGGAUUUACCAAACUUCAUGCAGGAUGAGAUGCCCAUAUUUUCACUGCCGGAGGAAUGGCUCUGGUGUGAGACCUGGUGCGCAGGAGAGAGUAAGGCACGUGCCAAGACCAUAGACCUCUGCAACAACCCUCUGACAAAGAUACCCAAACUAGAAAAUGUGCGGCGUAUCGUUGACGGUUGGGACGAGAUGGAUCGGGAGUUGGAAGACCUUUCUAAGCAGCUUCUUGAGAAACGUAAUGCAGAGCUCAGAGAUGGUGCAGAAAAAAAAAAAGGACAAGGAAAGUUAAUGGAUCCGAUGGAUUCAAGUGGGAUGAUGUAA